AUGUGGAAAAUGAAUCAAUACCUGCCCUUAUUCCUUAUUGCCUUUUGUUUGUUCUUCAUUUCACAAUCUCAAACCACUUCUAAUACUUCCUCUCAACAUCGUUGCCUCCCAGAGCAGAGCUCUACUUUGCUGCAACUGAGGAAAGAAUUUGAUGAUGAUUACUAUGGUGUUUCUAAUCCAAAGAUGAAGUCUUGGAAGGCAGAUAGUGAUUGUUGUUCCAGCUGGGAUGGGGUCACAUGCGAUGCACACAACGGCCACAUCAUUGGCUUAGACCUCAGCAACAGCUGGCUUUCUGGGCCUCUCAACUCUAACAGCACCCUCUUCAGACUGCGUCACCUUCGGAAACUCAGCCUUGCCCUCAACGACUUCUCUUCCUCCACCACAAUCCCAUCUGAGUUUGGCCAUCUUGCAUGGUUGACCCAUCUUAAUCUCUCUCGUUCCUUCUUACAUGGCCAAAUCCCGUCGGAAAUUUCAUGCCUCUCCAAUUUGUUUUCACUUGAUCUCUCUUUCAAUUAUUAUGAAACAUAUUUGAAGCUCGAAAGAGAUGAUCUGGAAGCACUCGUCCACAACAUGACAUAUUUGAGAGAACUUCAUCUGGAUGAAGUGAACAUCUCAUUGUCACUACCUCAAUCCCUCGCAAAUUUGUCUUCCCUGACUUCUCUUUCUCUGUCUGUCUGUAAUUUGCUUGGCGAAUUUCCCUUAGAUAUUUUCCUACUUCCCAAGAUACAAGCCAUUGAUGUGUCAGGUAACAACAAUCUCACUGGUUUUCUUCCCAAUUUUCGAUCUGGUAGUUCCCUAAAGCAAUUGGAUCUUUCCUCAACGAAUUUUUAUGGGGAAUUGCCCAAUUCAAUUAGCAACCUUGAAUUCUUGAGCCAUUUGGAUCUUUCUAGGGCAAAUUUUUUUGGGGAAUUGCCCAAUUCAAUUGGCAACUUUGAAUCCUUGAGCCAUUUGGAUCUUUUUGGGAAAAAUUUUUAUGGGGAAUUUCCCAAUUCAAUCGGCAACCUUAAAUCCUUGAGUCAUUUGGAUCUUUCUAGGGCAAAUUUUCUUGGAGAAUUACCCAGUUCAAUCGGAAAGCUUGAGUCCUUGAAUGCUUUAUAUCUUCUCAAAACAAAUUUUUUUGGGAAACUACCCGAUUCAAUCAGUAAUCUCAACUCCUUGAAUUAUUUGGAACUUGAUUCAAGUGAAUUUUCAAGGGAAAUUCCCCCUUCUAUUGGGAACCUAUCACAACUUACUUUUCUUUCUCUCCAGGAAAACAAUUUUCAUGGUCAGCUUCCAUCCACAUUAGGAAAUCUUGCAAAACUCACUUCUCUAGUUCUUCGCAAUAACCUUUUCUCUGGGAAAGUACCAUCUUCACUAGGAAAUCUUACACAACUAGAAGAAUUACCCAUUUCAUAUAACAAUUUUGAAGGCAGGUUCCCAGUUUCACUAACAAAUAUUUCCAAACUUACUACUAUAGAUAUAUCAGGAAAUCAAUUGAAAGGGUCAAUCCCAUCAGAAAUAAGUAGACUUACUAAUUUGUCUUACCUUGACUUGUCACAAAACUCACUCACAGGGGCUAUCCCCUUGGUUUUGUAUACAAUGCCUUCAUUAUCUGAACUAUAUCUAGAUCAAAAUCAGCUUUCUGGCCCUCUCCAAUUUCAAAAUAUCUCUUCAUCACAAUUAAAUUCCCUAAUAUUGAGGGGAAACAAAUUGGAUGGACUAGUUCCAAGGUCAAUUGCCAAUUUCACUAAGCUGCAAUGGCUAUAUCUUUCUUCGAUCAACCUAAAGGACAAGAUGGAGUUAAACAUAUUCUUCCAGGUUAAAGAGCUUCAAUUUCUAGAUCUUUCAGGUAACAAUUUGUUGGUUUCAAAAGGAAAUAUCAAUUCAACCCACAACAAAUUUUCAUAUUUGUUGUUGUCUUCUUGCAAUUUGCUUGAAUUCCUUGAUUUCCAAAAAGCCCAAAAUGAAUUGGAUAGAUUAGACCUUUCCAACAACAAAAUUGAAGAAUUACGGAUUCUUGUCUUGCAUGCAAAUCGAUUCCAUGGCCCUAUAUGGAAUCCUUAUGCCAGGUUUGGCUUUUCCAAGUUACAUGUCAUUGACCUCUCUCACAACAAUUUCUCUGGUAGGCUACCUUCAGAAUACUUUAGAACUUGGAAUGCAAUGCAAAUGGUUCCUACCAAAGAUGAAGCACAACCAGAAUACAUGGGAAGUCAAUCAAAUAGAUUUGAUGGAGAAAUUCCAAAUAGUGUGGGAAACCUAAAGGGACUAAUUGUACUCAAUUUAUCGAGCAAUAGCUUCAUGGACCAUGUCCUUUCAUCAUUAGGGAACCUAACCGCACUUGAAUCUUUGGAUCUUUCUCAAAACAAGCUCUCAGGUGAAAUUCCUCAAAAGCUAAUAAGUCUCACAUUUCUUGAAUAUUUAAACUUAUCUCAAAAUCAACUUUUUGGUCCAAUUCCACAAGGUGGACAAUUUUUGACGUUUGAAAAUUCCUCUUUUAAGGGAAACUUGGGAUUGUGUGGCUCUCCGCUGUCAAAGAAAUGUGGAAACAAUGAGACACCAACUUAUAAAACAAGACAAGAAUCAUCAAUAGUAGAAGGAUUUGAUUGGAAAGUGGUUGUGAUAGGAUAUGCUUGUGGAUUGAUAUUUGGAAUAGUUAUUGGGUAUUUCUACACCUCAAGAAGGACAGUUUGGUUUGUGAGAAAUUUUGGAGUGCACAUACGUAGUUGA